AUGGGGCAGCGCUGGCACGACAUUCUUAUCGCGGGUGAUGAAGGUGACCGUUCCUUUAGUGAUGCCGCCCCUUUCGUGGUUGAGGCGCUGGAGAUAAUAUUUCACACCCGGCUGUUACAUUCCGGCGUCGGUGUGGAGUGCGACAGCGCGGAGCUCUCAACCAUCAAAGAUGAUCACUUGGCGUUUAGGGUUGCACGUAAGGAUGUUGAGGCGCUGCGUGGAAUGAUGGCAACACUUUUGGAGUCCGCCCACGAUUCACUCUUGACUCUGCAGGCUGCAGACAUUUUACCCGACGAUUCUGCGGAGAAUGCAGUCAAUCCUGGUCGUUCCUUAUUAUCUUGUGACAGAGGUCUCGUUUCUCCCCGCAUCUUGAAGUUAAAUCCGUUUCUACGGUCACACCCGACCUUUGACUAUAAGGUUUUUCGUGCCAAAUUUGAGCGACUCUGUCAAAUAGUUGCUGACGCUCGACUCUUCUCAGCUUGUGAACCGCGGGUUAAGAUCCUGCAGAGUCGAUAUCGGUUGUAUCGCGCCUUUAAUAUGAGGCGAGAAGAACAUUUCCAUCCCACGCUUGGCCCUGGGAAUCUCAGGCGUGCCCCCAAGACUGACGUGCGGCGGGUAGGGACAUGCAUGUCGGCAUCAUCAGUGGUGGAUUUUGUGCAGAAAACAGUGUCCAAUGAGCCAAACCUCGUGCUAUCUACCUCAAGCGUGCUUUCCACUGCAACCGACAAGGGCAGAGCCCGCAAUCCAAUAGGCAGGGGUUUUACCUCGGAGGUGCAACUGGCGGUACCUCAGCAAACAUUUAGCAUGCCAACCAAGGAUAGUGGCACUCAUGACUCUACAGGCGAGCGGACUGUUACGUUGAAGGCACUUGCUGACGCCUUCUUUGGACCUUCUCUUCCGCCGCAGGAUCGGGUCUUCACAAUGGAGGGAUUGGGACUUCGUUUGAGCAGUUCCAAAACAACGUCGCACACGGUUGACAUUCUUGAGGCACGUAAUGAGCACCAUACUGCUGCAAAUGCGGUUCCGAUCCUGCGACAAUUCCUUGACGUUUAUAGUGGCAAUGGGGGUGCACUGCUCGGUCGUCUUGUGACGCCGAUGAUUUCUCGGAUAUCUCGGAAUAAGAAGGAUGUGUUGGAGGUUGAAUUCACAGUCACUGGCCACCGUCCAGGUGAGGUGCAACACAUCGCAUCUUGGUGUGUUCGCACUGGUUUUUUCGCCUCAGGGGGGAAUUGGCCCUCCCUUCGUAUCACCAUGCGCCCGUCCGCCGGCGACGGUGGCGAGUGCACGGCAAAAAGCAUGGAGGAUGUAUUGAAACAUAUAUUUGAACCGAUUUGGCUCGCACUCCUUUGCCCUGAAAAAUAUCCGGAUGUUGCACAACUCUUUCGGCGUCUUGUUUCUGUUUCUGUACUCGUCAGUGGCGAAGCAGGUGUGCAGGAGAUGCCCACCGAGGGUGACCCGGCCAUGUACUCCGUGGAGAAGGGUGACAUGCCACCUAGUUCGUUUUUCAUCUAUCACGUUUGGCGCAAUGUGCAGCUUUUGAAUUGCUUCAUCGCGACGCAUGUCGUUUCUUCCCUGUCGGCGAAAGAGCCCCCUACGUCCACCACAGAGGAUGUGAAGGUGGAAUUCGGCAACAGUACUGCGCACCCCUCCCACGUACAACGGCCCCUGUUCCAGCGCUACGAACCCCUUAAGCGCCAACCACUUCGCUUUCGCCUCUACACAUCCGGCACGCGUAAGAAAACGUUCGUCGAAACUGUCAUUGGUUUACUUGUCACGGACCAGGUGGUUGGCCCUCUGGAGGUCCUUGCAUGGAGUUCACUUACGUAUUUCUACUAUCUAACACAACGUAGCAUUGUUGUGACACCUUACCACACCUACGACAGCACUCCGUACUCGAUGCUAAAGCGUGCUAUUCCUUUUGCAGUUGAAACAGGACUACGGGUGUCGGUUUCUACAAUUGACCCUCUUUACUUCCACACAAACGAAGAGGCACUGAACGAAGAACUUAACGGUAUCAUGAAGAUCCAUCAGGUGAGUACGCCUGAGGUUAUGGAGAUUUGUCUCAACUCGGCGGGGUACAUCAACUUUGAUAUUGAGAAGAGGUGUAAGUUUAUUGGUGGGCCGUGGCGACGCGUGAGUGCGCAGAACAACAACUUUACGGUGACACAGGUGAAUUCCCUACGACUGCGCUUUCGUGAGUUGUCUCUCACUCAUGAAAUGGAUCUCUUGUUUCGCAAGGGACUUACUAAGUGGGGCGGACACAGCGAAAGCAAGAGACUUUCUGAGGAUUUUUUGGUGCAUGGUGGUUGGUCGUUACUGGCAACGGGGUCCUCUGCCUCUACCUCAGCGGAGAGACGCCGGGAGAACCUUUGGCGUUUCUUCGAUAUUCCACCGCUUCCGGAGAAAGUAUCCGGGGCAAUGACAAUGCCCGGCAGCGGAAGGCGGCUAUUUGUGGACAAAUUGAUCAAAUUCCCACGCAUUGUCGUAUUGGGACCGCGAGGUAGAAAAAGAAGUGAAGCACGGUGUGUGGUGGAGGCGCUUCAGCGGCGUGAGUACUAUAAAGCUUUUACUGUCCAUUACGAACUAGCGGCCCCGUUGGCUUCACUGGCAGGUACUGCGGGGGUGGAGGCUUUACUCGCGUCUCAAAGGUCCAGCAGGUCAAGUGGUCGCGGCUUCACUUCUACGGAAAAGUGGCGGGAGCAUCACGAUAAGGGGGAGCAAACUCAGCAACCGUCCACGCGAGCGUCCGGUAACAUUUCGUCAUCGAUUCGUUCAUUUUCCUCCCCUGUGGUACGAGAGCAAGGGGUGACAGUCCCCACGACCUUUUGCUUUCGUGAUGGGGUGAGGGACGUUGUGGUUCCUGCAAACGCGAAUGCGACAACAAAAGAGUACUUUCGGCCUCUUCCGUCCUGGGCUAAGUUUCAGGCUGACGCAAGACAGUUAAGGGCCCUAUCGAGUGAUUCAUCAAUGCUCCGCUACGCAAACCGGCGUCUGGACAUGUUGGAAUGCAAGUUUAACCUCCAUGUAGCGCUUACAAACGACGACCAGGAAACCCAAGAGGGCCACUUAACAGAUAUGCUGCGUGAGAAGAGUGACAUAUACAAGUGUGUUAAGGUGGAUGUCCACUGCCAUAUGGCAUCAGGGAUGACGGCUAAGGAACUUCUUAAAUUUAUCAAAGAGAAGGUUCGCAUGAAUCGUAACGAUGUGGUGGAUAUCGAUAGGAGUACCGGUUUCCCCAUCACAUUGGGUGAAUUGUUCGCCAAGAUACAUGCGGAAAAGCUGAGUGGCACCACAUUCGAUGUGGAGGACCUGACUAUUGCCUCGUUGAACGUUAAGGCUGGGAAGGCAACGUUCAACCGCUUCGACGUGUUCAACGGGCGGUACAGCCCACUGGGACAAUCCGCAUUACGUUCACUGCUUCUCAAAACAGAUAACUUCAUUGGUGGACGCUACUUCGCCGAACUUAUUCGUACUGUGUUUGACCGUCAGGCCGCCGACGGCUACAGCUUCUCCGAAUACCGUCUUUCUAUUUACGGCAGGUGCCAUGAUGAAUGGGACCGCUUAUCUCGGUGGUUCCUCACCCAUGAUAUGCUGCAUCCAACAAAUCGUUGGAUCGUGCAGGUACCACGGCUUUACGGCAUAUACCGUCAGAACAAGAUAUUAUCAUCCUUCGAAGACCUUUUGACCAACAUAUUUCUUCCCUUAUGGCAGGCCUCCAUAGACCCCGAAAAACAUCCAUUCCUUAACUACUUUCUUGCACACGUUAGCGGUUUCGACUUGGUGGACAAUGAAAGUGAGCGAGAGACUGACUCGCUGAUUAAUACCUCCCCUUCACAGUGGACCUCCGUGGAGAAUCCUCCAUUUAUGUACUGGUUGUAUUACAUGUGGGCUAACAUCACUUCGCUGAACCGCUACCGUGCAGCACGAGGGCUAACCACAUUUUCGUUGCGCCCACACGCGGGUGAGAGUGGCGACCCUGGGCACAUGGCCGAGGCAUUUCUUGUUGCGGAUGGUGUUAAUCACGGUAUCAACCUUAAGGAUACUCCGGUGCUGCAAUAUUUGUAUUACCUCGGACAAAUACCGCUUGGAAUCACCCCCCUUUCCAAUAACGCCCUAUUUUGCAGGUAUAACGAGAAUCCCUUUGCACUGUUCUUUCGGCGUGGCCUCAAUGUUGCGCUCUCCACCGAUGGGGCGCUCAUUUUUCAUCACACGGAGGAACCGUUGAUCGAGGAAUACAGCACUGCUGCAAACUACUGGAACUUGUCGCAGGUGGAUUUGUGCGAGAUUGCCAAAAACAGUGUUCUGAUGUCCGGCUUUCCUUCGUACCGAAAGAAAAAGUGGCUUGGGGAGUUGUACGCCCUGCGCAGUGCAGUCGGCAACGAUAUGCGUUUGACACGUGUGCCGCAAUCUCGCUGCACAUUCCGGUAUGAGGUAUACCUGGAAGAACUGAGCUACCUUGAGGCAGUGGCAUCAAAGGAGGUGUCCCCGAGCCAAAUCAUGACUUGGCAGUUAGAGGGGUUGUAUACGAUGACUACCUUGGGUCUUACGCGCGAUGAAGUGAUGAAGCAACGACUAAAAAACCAAGGUGUCGGUGAAUAUGCAUCGCCGGUGGAGUCUAGGACGAAAGCAACCACUGUUCUUACGGGGCCAAUAAUAGUAGCACCCUCUCGGUUGUAG